GCCGCCGCACCCGCCUCCGGCGUCUCCUCAGCAGCACCAGUACCACCCGGGCCGCCGGAAACGGGAGAAUAAAGCCAGCACCUAUGGGAUGAAUUACCUGCUCUCCGGCAGCCGCGGCGUCGCCGUCAUCAGCUCCCCCCACCAGCAGCGGCAGCCGCCUCAGCCAGCGCUGCAGAGCCCCGGCACCCCCUGGAAGACCAGGAAAUACAGCCCGGGCGUGCAGGGACUACAUGAAGAAAUCAUUGACUUCUAUGACUUCAUGUCCCCUCGUCCUGAAGAAGCAGCUAUGAGAAGAGAAGUGGUAAAAAGGAUAGAAACAGUCAUCAAAGAUCUUUGGCCUACCGCUGAUGUCCAGAUUUUUGGCAGCUUUAGUACAGGGCUUUAUCUUCCAACUAGUGAUAUUGAUCUAGUUGUUUUUGGGAAGUGGGAACGACCUCCUUUACAGCUUUUGGAGCAAGCACUGAGAAAACACAAUGUGGCUGAGCCAUAUUCCAUUAAAGUACUUGACAAAGCUACGGUACCAAUAAUAAAACUCACUGACCUGGAGACAGAAGUGAAAGUUGACAUCAGUUUUAAUGUAGAAACUGGUGUGAAGGCAGCUCGAUUUAUCAAGGAAUACAUGAAGAAAUAUUCUUUGCUACCUUACUUAAUUUUAGUACUAAAACAGUUCCUCCUUCAGAGGGAUUUGAAUGAAGUUUUUACUGGUGGAAUUAGCUCUUACAGCCUAAUUUUAAUGGCAAUUAGUUUCCUGCAGCUACAUCCAAGAAUUGAUGCAAGAAGAGCUGAUGAAAACCUUGGAAUGCUUCUAAUAGAAUUUUUUGAACUCUAUGGAAGGAAUUUUAACUACUUGAAAACUGGUAUUAGAAUAAAAAAUGGAGGUGCCUAUAUUGCCAAAGAAGAAAUCAUGAAAGUCAUGACUAAUGGAUACAGACCAUCUAUGCUAUGUAUUGAAGAUCCUCUCCUGCCUGGAAACGACGUUGGCAGAAGUUCUUACGGUGCCAUGCAAGUGAAACAAGUUUUUGAUUAUGCCUACAUUGUUCUUAGCCAUGCAGUAUCACCACUUGCAAGAUCAUAUCCAAAUAGAGACUCUGAGAGCACAUUAGGUAGAAUCAUCAAAGUGACCCAAGAAGUGAUUGACUACAGGGCCUGGAUUAAAAAGAAGUGGGGGAGCAAAAUUAAUUUAUCACCUGAACUUGAUAAUAGGUUGAAAAUAAGAGACCCAAUAGCUCUCUGCAAUGGAGACCAGCAACAGAACAGAGACUCUGAUCCGUCUUACAGUCAACACUUGGCGUUGUCAUUGGCCAGUACACAACAGUUAUCUGGUUCUUCUGCCUCUUCUGUGUCAUCGCUCUCCAGUAGUGACAUUGAAUCAGAUACACCACCUUGCACAGCUCCUAAUGUUUACCAGUUCAGUCUUCAAGCACCGACUCAGCUUAUGGCCAGUUUAGCACCCGCAUUGCCCCUGCCAAGUGGUAAACCCCAAUCUGCGCCUCCGAGAACCCUGAUAAUGGCUGCCAGUAAUCAGCACAGUGGAAUGAAGUUUUCCAUGAAAGGAACUCAUAACCAAGGCAACAGCUACAGUCCCAUCAGCAGUGGAGGCAUGAGGCAACCAGUUGGUAACCGGGGACACCACCAGUACAAUCGCAAUAUAUGGAGAAGGAAAAAACACAGAGACAGCUUGCCUAUUAGUCUGAGCAGAUAAUGGCAGAUGCCAAAAUGACCUUCCCUGUUCAGACAAACUGAGUGCCACUCGACUUGAGGGAUGGAGACCAGCAUCCAGCACAUCGUUUUAUUGGUGUUGCCAAAUAUCUGCAGCUGACUUCCUUGCAUGUUUCUUUGUGUGGUGGUUCGGUCCAUCUUCAAGAAGUAGUUGUGCUUAUCUGUGAAGCCUUAUUAAAUGUGGAAGUUUGUUUUCUGCCUUCCCACAAAUGGUUCAUUCAGUAUCGAAGCAGCUCUGACAAUAGAACUGCAAGGACAUUAUAUUACAAAUGCUAUAGCUUUUUUGCUGUGGCUAUAUCUGUUCCUUUCAUUUUAGAAGUGAAGGAAACUUCAUCUCCCUGGAAUUAAUUUUUUUUCUUCUUUGCAGCAAAUCAAGUUGGGAAUUCAUAAAAGUAAAUUUGCUGCUCUCUUGUGUUGGUUGUUUGUUUUUUUAGUUUGUUUCUUUUUUUUUCCAGAGCUCAGUUUUUUUCUCUGUAAAUAUUGGAAUUAUGAUUUGUGCAAUAACUUGGAAUUUUUAAUUUAAUUUCAUAUUAUCACAUAAGUUAUAUUUAAGGGGAAGAGGUUUUUUAAUUUACAGAUCCUUUCCCAGGUUGCAUUAUCUAAGUUUGGGUCAUCAUUUUGGCAGGUUGUCUGAGCAGUGUUAUAAACAUGACAUUUGGUAGUAUUUGAGGCUUCUUGAUUCGCAAUGAAAGCGCGAUUUGGCUUACAGUUUUAAGACUUUACUAAUCUCCAAAGCAUUUUGACCCUGUGUUUUUUAGCUCAUUGUCUGGCCUCUUAUCAGUCGUCUUGCUCUGACCAGUGAGUUUUAAUUUUCUUUAACUAGACAACAAAUUGAACAUUUGUAGUACCAGAAGUAAAACUUUUCAGAGGAAUGGGAAAAAGGUUAUGGUUCAAGUUCUGAUGUGAAAUUAAAAAGCUGUCAACUACAUGCUUUGAUGCAUUUUAGUAAUGUAACUUGUUAAUGUUUGGGUUGAAACGCUACUAUUAAACAGAGAUACCCAGCUUAAGAAAUGUGGAGAAAGGAAAUAUGUUGAUUCCAUUAAGGAAUCUGUAUAGUGGUAUGCAUUAGUUCUGUUAAGAGCAAAUAUAUAAAAAGUACUAAAGCUGCUCUAAGCAUUGCAAGAAGUAUCUUUUAAUGUGUUGCAGGAGAGCACAGCUCAGUGUUGUACACCAUAUGAGUGGCUGGCACUUAAUUUACAGAUGCAUACAGGUAUACUAUGCAAGUGUGUAUUGCCAUGACAAACACUGUCUUUUUGAAAAAUGUACAUCCUGCCUAACCCUGAGUUUUUAACGCACCACAGUUGUCCUGGGAGUAGGUCACAUCUCAUGCCCUCUGGCUUCCCUUUUUUUAAGUGAAGUUCUUAAACUAUACAGAAAAUUACAGGUGAGUUAUGUAAGUCCAGUAGCAGAGAAAGCUGAAGAAUCUUGUUAACAGGACAUCUAUACUGUGUACAGAUAUAGAAGGUUUUAAAACUGGUAUCUGAAUAUUGAAAUUAAGUGUCAAGCAUGAGGCUUUUUGGUAUGCUAUAUGCCUUUGAAGCAGAAGUAGUUCAUGUUAUUACUGAAAAAUACUGUCAAACACAAACAGGUCCUUGAGGGGAGAGAGGGCAUCAUUCCAAACUAGACUAGUGCAUAUCUGUUUGUAGAAAGUUUGUCUUAAUGCUCCAGACUCAUCACAAUAAAAAAGUUCUAAAAAUUGUGAGCUGAUUCAUGAAUAAUACCUAAGGGCUGUCACAUGAGCCUGUACUGCUUAGUCUUCACACACUAGCAAUAUCAAGCAUAAAUACAUUAAAGAGCCUUCGGAGGCUUUAAUUGGUGUCUUAUACUAGUGUCCAUUUUAAAGCCAAACUCAUUUGAAAAGUGAGAUCAUGUAACACUUCAGUCAUGGUGAACCAAAUUAAUUGGCCUGGCUGUCACUGUGGUUAUGUGCUACAGGUUUAAAAAAAUGUUUAAAUUUUUUGUGUGGACAACUAUGUGGAAGCUAAAAUUGACAUAUUUUUAUGUAAAGUUUUCUAUUCUUUGAUUUUUAAUAAACUUUGGAGACCAGUCA